CCCACCAUGCCUGGGCCCACAGCCCCAACACCAACAGCCAUCUACAGCACCCUGGCGCUCCUGCUCCUCCUCACGCCUCCCGCCAACGCCUUCUCCUGCAGCCCCCUGCGCCUCCAUGACAGCGCCUUCCCCUGGGACAGCCUCCAGCUCCUCCGCGACAUGGCUCCCAGCCCCAUACAGCCCUGCCUGCAGCAGCACGCGCCUUGCUCCUUCCCGGACACCCUCCUGGACACCAAUGACACACAGCAAGCUGCACACACUGCCCUCCACCUCACUGUCCUCCAACACCUCUUCGACACCCUCAGCAGCCCCAGCACCCCCGCACACUGGCUCCACACUGCACGCCAUGACCUCCUCAACCAGCUCCAGCACCACAUCCACCACCUCGAGUGCUGCUUCCCAGACAAUGCCAUGCGCUUCCACAGGCGAGGCCCCCGCAACCUUCACCUCAGCAUCAACAAGUACUUCAGCUGCAUCCAACACUUCCUCCACAACCACACCUACAGCCCCUGCGCCUGGGACCACGUCCACCUCAAGGCUCACGCCUGCUUCCAGAGCAUCCACUGCCUCACCUGCACCAUGCGCUGAGAGGAG